AUGGAAGCACACGGGGGUUUGACGCCUAGUAAUCUUUGGCAACCAGGUGAAUUGGCACGUCGCAUGAUGGGAGAGCGGCCGUCUCCGGUACCUCCUACCAGGGAGCUGUGGCCUUCUGCAUCUGUACAACAGCCGCUCAGCAUUAGCACUUUACACAUAGCAUAUUUGAAAGAUGAAGAUUUAAUUCCGAGAAGAGCAUCGACAUUACCUCCUCAACCAUAUUCUCCUACAACCAUCCCCAUAGAACGUGACUACAAACCUGGAAUGUGCACUGUUGGAACAAAUACGGAGCCUCCUCCUUCGCUCUUUGUUAGACUCAAAAAAAAUUAUAAAAAAGAGAAGAGCGCGACACGAACGUUUUUCCACCGCCAAUAG